UUUAUGUGCAAGUAAGAAACUUUUAUUCAAAAAACAUAUGUAUAUUAUUGCUCAGUUUGUUCAUUGUCUUUAUUGGGGUUAUUUAGUACAGAUCUUGUAGACAUGAGCAUGGCAGUAUGAAUCUUGCCUGUCUCACGAAUAGCAGGUGCUGUCUUUGAUAAUGGUUUGAUAUUGUUUGUUAAAGCCUUCAUGUUCUUGUCUAAUUCAGAAAGUUCUUUCUGUAGCAGGUCAUAAAGUGCUUGUUUAGAAUAUGCAUCCGCCAUAAUGAUUGUAAACAGUAAAAAAAAGGAAAUUUUUUUUCGUUACAAACGCGUUUGAUCAAAAGAGCUCAUCUUUCUUUCAUACUUUUUUUUGUCAUGAAUUCAUUUCGAACACCAGUGAAAAACACAGCGACAACAGAAACAAGGCGUCGAUGGCGUGACAAGAUUCAACAAGAAUGUACAGAUCGAAUUAAAUUAGCCAGGCAAGACAAGAUUAGCAGAUUACGAGAAGAGCAGUGGAUGAGCAAAAUUGUUAUUGCAGAAAAAGAAAGAAUUAAGCAAGGACAUGAAGAAUCGAUGCUAAAAGAAGGCAUUGUAGAUAUCGAUAGUCUAAUAGAAGAAAGCUUACAGCAAGAAGCACAAUUAUUUGAAGAAGAGCAAGAAGAACUAGAAAGCGCUCUGGCAUUUUACGAAGCGUCCAAGGAUGCAGUGAUCUGUCUGAAUUGUAAAAAAGCUGCCCUCAUCCUAAACCAGAACCUAGCUUCUUGUCCCCAAUGUGGAUUUUAUGCGACAGAAAAGUGCUUGCAUGAUAUGAUUCAAGCAGAGACACAUCAUGCAAAUCAUUGUCAGGGUCCUAUAGAAUAUAGUCUCGAGCCUGGCACAGAUAAUAUCAUCACUGCUCUCUGUACCAUAUGCGAUUUGUGGAGUGUAUUUUAUAUGUAAACUAGUUUAAUAAAUUCAAUUAAAGGAUGUCAGUCUGAGAUCAAAGAUUAAUCAGGAAAAAAAUAAAUAAAAAAAAAGCAGAGACUAGCAAGUGUAUACAGACUUCUAAAAAGUUUUUAGGAUUCUAUCAUCCCUAGAAUGCUAGAACGUUCUACUUGGUUUCCUACAAAUAAUCUCUUUCUUCCUGUUACGCAAAAGAUCAGCAAGAUGGAUAAUCUUUGUAACACUUGUGAACUGCUUGGGGAAGUCAAUAAUGGUAAUGAAUAUUCAAAGCAAGUAGUUGUUGCAAGAAACAUCACCGUUGUUUGUGACAAGAAGAUUCAUUAUUUCUUUGAGAAUAAUAGUCUUUCACUUAUUGAGUCUGCUUAAAAGUAAGGGAACUAAAGCAGAAUAAAAAUUGAAAU